AGUCCCUGCAGUGGCUGUAACAAAACCCAGACCCCCAAGUCCUGGCCAAUGGAGGCGAUUUAGACUGGAGUAGGACCGCGUCUGUCAAAAGCCCGACUCCGCAGCAGCGGCAGAGUCCAGGAGCAGAGCUGGAGCAGCCGCGCUACCUCCCCGCCCCCGCCGGGAUUUAUUGAGUAUUUGGACUGGACAAUUAAGUGGCCCCGAUGAUGUUACCAAGCCCGGUCACCUCCACCCCUUUCUCAGUCAAAGACAUUCUGAAUCUGGAACAGCAGCAGCACUUCCACAGCGCUCACUUACAGGCGGACUUGGAGCACCAUUUCCACUCGGCGCCUUGUAUGCUGGCCGCAACUGAGGGGACACAGUUUUCUGACGGAGGGGAGGAGGACGAGGAAGAAGAGGGCGAGAAACUGUCCUAUUUGAACUCACUAGCCACAGCCGAUGGCCACGGAGAUUCAGGCCUCUGUCCCCAGAGCUAUGUCCACACGGUCCUGCGAGACUCGUGCAGCGGGCCCAAAGAGCAUGAAGAGGAGAUCGUGAGGGACCCGAGCCAAAAAAGCUGCCCGCUGAAGAAGCCUCUAGAGCCAGCUGGCGAUGGGAAGGCGGCGGAGGACGGCGAGAGGCCCAAGCCGCGCAGCCGCAGGAAGCCCCGGGUCCUCUUCUCGCAAGCCCAGGUCUUCGAGCUGGAGCGCAGGUUCAAGCAGCAGCGGUACCUGUCGGCGCCCGAGCGCGAGCACCUCGCCAGCAGCCUGAAACUCACGUCAACGCAAGUGAAAAUCUGGUUCCAGAACCGCCGGUACAAGUGCAAGAGACAGCGGCAGGACAAAUCGCUAGAGCUGGGCGCGCACGCCCCGCCGCCGCCGCCGCGCCGCGUGGCAGUCCCGGUGCUCGUGCGGGACGGCAAACCGUGCGUGGCGCCCGGCGCGCAGGCCUACGGCGCGCCCUACGGUGUUAGCACCGGCGCCUACUCCUACAAUAGCUUCCCGGCCUACGGCUACGGGAACUCUGCCGCCGCCGCCGCGGCCGCCGCCGCUGCCGCCGCCGCCGCGGCCUACAGCGGAAGCUACGGCUGUGCGUACCCCCCAGGCGGCGGCGGGGGGUCUUCCGCGGCGGCCUCUGCCAUGCAGCCCGCCUGCAGCGCUUCGGGAGCCGGGUCCUUUGUGAACGUGAGCAACCUGGGAAGCUUUGGAGGCGGCGGCAGCGCGCAGCCCUUGCAUCAGGGAGCAGCCGCCGGGGCCGCUUGUGCGCAGGGCACCUUGCAGGGCAUCCGGGCCUGGUAGGGAC